GAAACUGAGCGUAAAACCCAUAACAAAUCCUCAGUAUUUGGAUAAUGUGGGGAAUCCAGCUGUUAAUGGACUGUACGACUUGGCUUUGGGACCUCCAGACUCUAAAGAAGUGUGUGCAACUUGCAUGCAGAACUUCAGCAACUGCCCUGGCCAUUUUGGCCAUAUAGAACUGCCUCUGACUGUCUACAACCCUCUGUUUUUUGAUAAAUUAUACCUUCUAAUUCGCGGUUCUUGUUUAAAUUGUCACAUGCUGACAUGUAGCCGAGCUGUGGUUCACUUACUGCUCAGUCAGCUGAAGGUUCUGGAGAAAGGGUUGCUUCAUGCUGUCCAUGAUCUCGAAGUCAUUCUGAACAGGUUUUUAGAGCAAUGUGCAGAUGCCAAAGGUUCAGAAAUUGAAGAAGAGUUAAAUCACCACGUUCAGGAAAUAUUACAGAGUUAUCAAACGAGAGAUCAGUGUUCAAAUGUCAAAAAUGUGUGUGAGUGUAGAAAUAAACUGAUAGCACAGUUCUGGAAAGCACAUACGAGUUCAAAGAAAUGCCCAAACUGCAAAUCUAGGAGAUCACUAGUGCGAAAAGAGCAUAACAGCAAGCUGACAGUAACGUAUCCUUCUACAGUGUACCAGAAGUCAAGAGAAGAAGGCGUCCUGGAUGAGCCAGCAGCUCUUGAUCAAAGCCAGUUAGGGAAGAGAGGAUACCUGACACCGAUGACUGCCAAGGAAUACAUCCUGGCUCUGUGGAAGAAUGAAGGUUUCUUUUUGCGUUCUCUCUUCCCCGGGAUGGAUCCCCAUGAGGGUUCGGGAUUCAGUCCAGACAUGUUUUUUUUAGAUCUACUUGUGGUUCCGCCUUCAAGAUAUCGUCCCAUAAAUCGUGUUGGAGACCGACUGUUCACAAAUGGUCAGACUGUGAACUUGCAGGCUGUCAUGAAGGAUGCCAAAAUGAUACGGAAGCUCUUGGUUUUCAUGGCAAAAGAACAAUGUCAGCCAAUAAAAAUUCCAGAAGAGGAAAUCCAAACAGAGACAGGAGAGACUGAUGAACCUCUGGACCGUUCUGUCCUGACAAUGAUUCCAGGACAGACCCUUGCAGAUAAGCUGCACAACGCUUGGAUUCGUCUUCAGAGCCAUGUCAACAUUGUGUUUGAUAGUGACAUGGACAAACUGAUGACAGAAAAAUACCCUGGUAUUCGUCAGCUGUUAGAGAAGAAGGAGGGACUGUUCCGCAAGCACAUGAUGGGAAAGCGCGUGGAUUUUGCUGCUCGAUCCGUCAUUUGCCCCGAUAUGUACAUUGGUACCAAUGAAAUAGGCAUUCCUAUGGUGUUUGCUACCAAACUGACUUACCCUCAGCCAGUCACUCCCUGGAACGUGAAAGAGCUGCGGCAGGCUGUCAUAAAUGGCCCAAAGGUUCACCCUGGGGCCUCCAUGGUCAUUAAUGAAGAUGGAUCACGUACCGUGUUGAGUGCCAGCAGCCUGACCCAGAGGGAAGCCAUAGCUAAGCAGCUCCUCACUCCUUCUUCAGGCGCGCCGCAGUCAGGACUGAAGAUUGUAUGUCGACAUAUUAAAAAUGGAGAUGUCCUUUUACUGAACCGCCAGCCCACUCUUCAUAGACCCUCCAUCCAGGCUCACCGGGCCCGAAUCCUGCCUGGAGAAAAAGUGCUGAGGCUUCACUAUGCCAACUGCAAGGCUUACAAUGCUGACUUUGACGGUGAUGAAAUGAACGCCCAUUUUCCACAGAGCGAGCUGGGGAGAGCAGAAGCCUACACCUUAGCCUUUACUGAUGAACAGUAUCUGGUUCCAAAGGAUGGGAAGCCCCUUCCUGGCUUGAUCCAGGAUCACAUGAUUUCUGGAGUCAGCAUGACAAUCCGGGGCUGCUUUUUCACCAGAGAGCAAUAUAUGGAGCUUGUUUACCGAGGACUAACAGACAAAAAAGGAAGAAUUAAAAUCUUUCCUCCUGCCAUUGUGAAACCACAGCGAUUAUGGACAGGAAAGCAGGUUGUUUCUACGUUGUUAAUAAACAUAAUUCCAGAAAACUGUGCGCCACUGAAUUUGACUGGGAAAGCUAAGAUUGGUGGAAGAGCCUGGGUAAAGGGGCCUGCAAACAGAUGUCUAAAUCUUGAUUCAAUGUGUGAAUCUCAGGUUGUUAUUAGAAAUGGAGAAUUGCUGUGUGGAGUAUUGGACAAAGCUCACUUUGGCAGCUCUGCCUAUGGCCUGGUCCACUGUUGCUAUGAAAUCUAUGGGGGUCAAACCAGUGGGAAAGUGCUAACAUGUCUAGGACGUCUCUUUACUGCUUAUCUGCAGCUGUACAGGGGAUUCACAAUGGGGAUUGAAGAUAUUUUGGUUAAACCUGGAGCGGACCACAAAAGAAAAAAAAUCAUUGAAAAGUCAAGCCAGUGUGGUAUUGAAGCUGUUAGAGCUGCUCUUAAUUUGCCAGAAACAGCAUCAUGUGAGGAGGUCCAAGGGAAAUGGCAGGAUGCCCAUCUCUGCAAAGACCAGAGGGAUUUUAACAUGGUUGAUCUGAAAUUCAAGGAGGAAGUAAACAAUUACAACAAUGAAGUUAACAAGGUUUGUAUGCCCCUUGGUCUCCACAGGAGCUUUCCAGAGAACAAUUUGCAGUUGAUGGUCCAGUCAGGAGCCAAAGGAUCCACUGUAAAUACAAUGCAGAUUUCGUGUUUGCUGGGCCAGAUUGAGUUGGAAGGUCGAAGACCCCCACUGAUGGCAUCUGGCAAAUCGCUGCCAUGUUUCCAGCCUUAUGAUUUUUCCCCCAGCUCGGGAGGAUUUGUGACUGGCAGAUUUCUCACUGGGAUCAAACCUUCUGAAUUCUUCUUUCACUGCAUGGCUGGCAGGGAAGGUCUCGUGGAUACAGCUGUCAAAACCAGCCGUUCUGGGUACCUACAAAGGUAA